AAUGUGAAUCAACGAAUGCCGUUAAAUCUUGGAGCAGAAAAUAAGCAAAAAUAUGGGGCAGACUUUUUCAAAGGAAGUAGACCCGUGUCUCUUGCGAGAAGCACAAACCAGUCAAAGAAAUUUCAUCAAAAAAGCGCAACGGACAACCAAGGUUCUGACGCACAGAUUGCAUAUAUAAAGGACAAAAUGCCGUUGGACAACGAUCCAACUGCAGCUGAUGCCGAAUGGAAGAAGAUUCAACAAAGAACAUUCACAAGAUGGUGCAACGAGCAUUUAAAAGUCGCCAACAUUGUCAUAUACGAUUUAGAAACGGAUUUAUGCGAUGGUAUCAAGCUAAUUGUACUUCUGGAAGUGCUGUCACACAAGCGAGUGGGCAAGUACAACAAGAAGCCUAAAGUGAAGUCCCAGAAGCUUGAAAACGUUGCUAUUGCAUUGAAGUUCAUCGAGAGCGAAAACAUCAAAGUUGUGAACAUUGAUGCAAGCGACAUUGUAAAAGGUAAUCUCAAACUAAUUCUUGGUCUGAUAUGGACGUUGAUUCUGAAGUAUCAAAUCUCAAUGCCGAUGGGUGAUUACGAGCUCGAUGAUGACCACAAGGACGAUAAAAAGAAAGACAGUGGUAUGACGCCGAAACAGGCCCUGCUCGCUUGGGUGAAAAGCAAACUCCCCCCUGAAAUUCCAAUGAAUAAUUUUACGACCGAUUGGAAUGAUGGACGUGCUAUUGCAGCACUGGUUGAUGCUAUUGAACCAGGCCUAUACCCAGACGUGGAUCCCGAAGACUUGGACCCCAAUGAUGCCUUAAACAAUGCUAAAACAGCGAUGGAUACGGCUGAGAAAUAUCUUGGUGUACCACCAAUUUUAGAUCCAAAGGACAUGUGUAAUCCCAAGUGCGAUGAGUUAAGCAUUAUGACGUACGUUUCCUAUUUCCCGGAUGCCAAAGUCAAACCUAACGCGCCACACAGGCCUCAACUUCCGCCUGCUGCAAAAUGCUCUGCCGAGGGACCAGGUAUCACACCUCAAGGUCUGAUUGAAAAGCAAACUGCACCGUUCACCGUGUUCGCUGCACAUGCAGGAGUGGGAUCCCCACAGGUUAGCGUUGUCGGACCAGAACGUAGAAGUGUUCCCUGUGAAGUGGUUGAUAACGGCGACAAGACAUUUUCCUGCAACUAUACUCCGCCGCAAAAAGGUAUCUACGACGUUCACAUCAAAUGGAAGGGUCGUCACAUUCCCAAAAGUCCAUUUCGCGUUAAGGUGGCGUCUGAUCUUGACUCGAGUAAAUGUUAUGCCGAAGGACCCGGUUUGAGUUCGGGAAUUGUUGAGCAUCAAUGGACAAACUUCACCGUCUUUACGAAAGGUGCUGGUGAGGGAAAACUUCAUGUCGACAUCAUUGAUCCUCACUUGAGCAAAGUUGAGAUGAAAGUCGAAGAGAAAGGGGACGGGGAAUACUACGUUAUAUAUAAACCUUCUUUGCACGGUAAACACACGAUCAAUAUUAAAUUUGGCGGAGAGCAUAUUGCCAAGAGUCCGUUCCAUGUUGAUGUGGUGUCGUCGAAGAAAGAUGCGAUUCCCUCCAAAGUGAAGGCAUAUGGACCAGGUUUGGAACCAAAGGGUGUAGUUGCGACUACCGAAACUACUUUCACUGUUGAAACACACGGUGCCGGAGACGGUGAUCUUAAAGUGGUGAUUAAAGGACCAAAGGGAGAGAUCCCUUGUGAGAUUAGAGAUAAUGGCGAUGGUACAUUCACGUGUGUUUACAGUGCUCCAGCCGCUGGUAGAUACACCAUCACAAUCACGUGGGCUGGAAAGACCAUUCCCAGAAGUCCUUUCAAAAUUGACGUGUCGCCAUAUGUCGACAUCACCAAGAUAAAAGCGUACGGACCUGGAUUGGAGAGAGGCGUUGCUGGUCAACCAUGCAAAUUCACAGUUGAAACGAACGGUGCACCGGUCGACACUCUUGGCUUUAAAGUUGAGGGACCACAUCAAACAGAGAUAAAAUGUAAAGACCUGGGCAACGGGAAAUGCGAAGUUAUUUAUUAUCCCUCAAAGCCUGGUGAUUAUACAGUCCACGUGACCUGCAAUGGCCAGAAUAUCCCUAAAGGUCCUUUCGAAGUUCCCAUUGUCCCUGGUGGCGAUGCCAGCAAGUGCUACGCUGAGGGUCCGGGAUUGGAACCAAAUGGUGUUGUUGCUGGUGUGCCCGCGGAAUUUACCGUGUACACCAAAGGAGCUGGUGUCGGUGAAGUAGUGGUAACUGUUAAGGACGACAAGACCGGACGAAGUAUUCCUGUUGAAACAAAAGACAAUAAAGAUGGCACGACAACUGUCGUUUACAACCCGGAUAAACCCGGCAAAUACACAAUUACGGUGACGUUUAACGGCAAACCGAUUCCCAAGAGUCCUUUCAAGGUCAACAUAUCUUUAAAUAAUCCAAACAAAUGUAAAGCAUACGGCCCGGGACUCGAGAAAUCAACCGUUGGCGAACCUGCCAAGUUUACGAUCGACAAAGGUGCUGGUGAAGGUGGACUGGGACUGACUAUCGAGGGACCAACCGAGGCAAAGGUUGAUUACAAGGAUAACAAUAAUGGAUCCUGUGAUGUAACGUACUAUCCCGAGACACCAGGAGAUUAUAACAUCAACAUUCUAUUUGCCGACAAACAUAUACCUGGAAGUCCAUUUAAGGCGAAAUCGUCUAAACCACUUGAUGCUUCCAAAGUUGUGAUCGGAGGACCAGGCCUGAAACCCGGUGUGAAGGCAGGUUUACCUGCAGACAUCGACAUCGACACAAGAGAGGCCGGCGAUGCUCCUCUGGAAGUGGAAGUUUUGAAUCCGCUGAACAAGAAAGUUAAAGUGGAUGUUGACGAGGAGGAACCGGGAGUAUUUGCAGCGACGUACUACCCGGACAAACCCGGAAAGUAUACCGUGAACGUAAAAUAUGGCGGUAAGCACGUGCCUAAGAGUCCUGCAAAGAUUGAUGUGAAGCCUAAAGCAGAUGCAAGCAAGUGCACUCUCAAAGGACCUGGUCUAGAAUCUCCUUUGUUAAUGAACCUACGAAAUUCGACGUGGAUUGCAAGCGUGCAGAUCAUUGCAAAGGUUGGGAAAAGAGAGGGUAAUCUUGUUCCAACAAUCACAAGUCCUUCUGGUGAGAAGGUUAAACCUGAAGUGAAAGAUAAGGGAAACGGCACGUAUUCCGUUGAGUACACGCCCACGGAAGAAGGACCCCACACAAUCGAUGUAAAGUACGACGGGGAUUCAAUCCCCGGAACGCAAAAGGUAGAUGUCUUACCUAAAACUGACUCCGGCAAAGUGAAAGCUUUUGGUCCCGGACUGGAAAAUGUCCUAACUGGUGUGAAGGCUCCGUUUACUGUAGACACGCGUGAGGCUGGACCCGGUAACUUAAGUAUUGCUGUAGAAGGACCCUCGGAGGCAAAAAUCGUAUGUAAAGAUAACGGAGAUGGGACAUGUUCUGCUACGUACGUCCCAGAGGAGCCAGGAAACUACCAAGUUCACGUCAAAUAUUCUGAUGAGGACGUGCCUGGCAGUCCAUUUACAGUUAAAGCGACGAGACCAGUUGACGCCAGCAAAGUUAAAUGCUAUGGGCCUGGUGUCGAAAGAGCUCCUUUGUUUGAAACUGUGCCCACCAGCUUCACAGUGGAUACUGCCAAAGCCGGUGAUGCGCCAUUGGAUAUUACCAUAGAAACACCAGACAGACGAAAGAUAAAACCAGAUGAGAUAAAGAAAAUUGAUGACGACAAGUUUGAGGUGAAAUACACGCCGCCAAAAGAAGGUCGUUACGCAGUAGAUGUGAAAUAUGGCGACAAGCCAGUUGCCAACAGUCCGUUCAGAGUUCGCGCUGGCCCACCUUACGAUGCCAGCAAGGUUAAAGUCACCGGUCCAGCUGUAGAAAAGACUGGUAUAGUUCCUGAUGAAAUAACCAAAGCCGUUGUUGACACUACUGAGGCCGGUUUGGGUGAUCUCUCGGCCUUGCUUGAGACACCGUCUGGUAAGAAGAUUGAGCCCACAAUCACACCGAUCCCAGAAGAGCCGGGAAAAUACGAAAUUGCUUACGUGCCCGAGGAGACUGGUAACCACAAACUAAACGUAAAAUAUGGCAAAGAUCACGUCAAGGAUAGUCCUUUCCGGGUUAAAGUUGCCCCAACUGGUGACGCAAGUAAGGUGAAGGUUAGCGGUGAUGGUCUGAAGAAACCUCCUGUUGGUCAAUUGGUUGAUAUAAUUUUUGAUACUACUGAAGCAGGAAAAGGUAAACCUCGAUGCACCAUCAAAUCACCUUCCGGAAAAGAUGUUCCCGUCAAUAUGAUCGACAAUGGCGAUGGAACGUACACUGGUCAGUGGACACCAACGGAGGAAGGUGUGCACGAUGUUGAUGUGACGUUUGGUGGCGAACCCGUGAGAGGAUCACCGUUUAAGGUCGAAGCUGUAAGACAACCUGUAAUGGAAGAUAUCCAAGCUGUAAGUGCUAAUGAUGUCGAAUCGGCUUUACCAUCUGAGGAAGGUCCCGACAGGGUUAUUGCAUUUGGUAAAGGACUGGAGAAAGGUAUUGUUCAGGAACCGUGUGAAUUUACCGUCAUCACAAAGGAUGCCGGGCCGGGAGGUUUAUCACUCGCAGUCGAAGGACCCAGCAAGGCUGAGAUACAUUGUGUGGAUAAUGGAGAUGGAUCCUGUUCUGUUUCAUAUUUACCUGAAAAACCAGGCGAAUACAACGUUGUCGUCAAGUUUGCUGACAAGCAUAUUCCCGGAAGUCCAUUUAUUGCCGACAUCUAUCCGAAAGGAACCGAUCUUCGCGAUUUCAAACGAGAUCGUCCCGUCGUCGGAAAACCGUGCGAUGUGAAACUUGACAUGCCAGAUGUUGAUGUCGAGCGAGAUUUUGAUGAUCUCACAGGGACGCUUAAAAGACCAGGCAGCGAUAGAGAGGAGCCAGUUGAGUUGACCAAAAACCCUGAUGGUACCGUUGGUGUCACAUUUACACCAUACGAACCAGGUGAACAUAUGAUUAGCAUAAAGAAACGUGGCAAACACGUGCAGAAUAGUCCGUUCAGCGUGCUGGUUCAAGCACCUCGUCUGGGCGAUCUGUUUUCCUCAGGUCAUCCUGCGGAUGUUGACCUUAGUGAAAUCAAGGAUUUGAAUCCUGAAGACUUUGAUAAACUUACCGCAACUCUUCGCAGACCCAAAAGCAAAGUCGAAGAGAAUGUUCGUCUAAUAAAGUAUCACGACGAUGCCAUUGGCGUGUCGUUCGUGCCACGUGAGCCAGGAGAACACUUCCUGACUGUGAAGAAAAAUGGUCGUCCUAUCCCUGGAAGUCCAUUCUCGAUCCUAGUUGAAGCCGAGGAACCCGUCAAUGCAGUUGGUGCACCCGUUGAUGCAGUCCUUGAUCUACCCGAUUUGAAUCUACCUGAUGAUUUUAAAAGACUUAAAGGCACUCUAAAAAGACCAUCUUCAAAUGAAGAAGAACCUUUGAAUCUCGUCCUCAACUCUGACAACACUCUUUCGGUCUCCUUCAUUCCUCAUGAAACCGGCAAACAUUUGGUUGGCGUGAAAAAGUUCAACCGUCACGUGAACGGAAGUCCGAUACCAGUCAUGGUGACAUCACCGGAACCUGUGAACCGUGUCGAAGUACCUUGUGGUGUCGGACUGGAAGACAUUCCUUGUGAGGAACUUCCGAACUUGGAGGCAGGUCUUCAACGACCUGGUUCUAAUGUUGAGGAACCAGUUCGAAUAAAGAAGAACUCAGACGACACCCUGUCUGCUUCAUUUGUUCCACAUGAGAAAGGUCCUCAUAAGCUACAUGUUCGGAAAGACAAGAAACCGUUGCCCGAGAGCCCGUACAUUGUGGACGUGUCCGAUAAAGAUGAUGUUGAGGAAGUUUAUCCAGUAGGACGAACUUGCGAUCUCGGUCUCGACAUCCCCGGAGUUUCCCUCCCGGAAGAUUUCAACAAACUUGAGGCGACUCUCCAAAGACCGAACAGCGAUAAGCAAGAGCCUUUGAAUGUUGAGCUGUACCCUGAUAAUACUUUAGGUAUCUCGUUCGUACCCUUGGAGCCUGGUGAGCACCUUGUCCGUGUGAAAAAGUCCGGGGAAGAAGUUCCCGGUAGUCCUUUUGCCAUUAUGGUGGAAGCUGCUGAAGCGCCAAACGCAGUUGGUAAACCUUGUGAUAGCAAAUUAGAUAUUCCUGAGCUGAAAACCCCGGAUGAUCUACCAAAAGUAAAGUCAACAUUAAAGAGGCCUGGAUCCAAUGUUGAAGAACCAAUCAAAUUGAAGGUCUUAUCGGACAACACUAUCAGUGCUUCUUUCGUUCCUAAAUCUCCCGGAGAGCAUCUGAUCUCAGUCAAGAAAGAUAACCGCCACCUGACCGGAAGUCCUUUCCCAAUUAUGGUUACUGCUGAUGAGCCCGUGAACAGAGUUGGAAAGCCAGUUGGAGUAGGUCUCGAAGAGAUACCAGCUGAAGAUUUGCCCCGUCUUGAGGCCGGGUUACAAAGACCUGGCUCCGAGGUCGAGGAGCCUGUCAGAAUAAAACAAAAUUCGGACGAUACGUUGUCGGCUCAGUUCAUCCCCCACGAGGAAGGAGUUCAUAAACUUCAUAUAAGAAAAGACAAAAAGCCGCUUCCCGAAAGUCCUUAUUUGAUCAACGUUCUAGGAAAGGAUGCAGUUGAAGAGGUCCAUCCCGUGGGUCGUACGUGUGAUGUAGGUCUAGAUGUUCCAAGUAUCAAUCCUGCAGAAGAUUUCGACAAGUUAACUGCAACAUUACAAAGACCGUCGAGCACCAAGGAAGAACCCGUCACUUUAGAAUUGAAUCCCGACAACUCCAUGGGUGUCACAUUCGUCCCGAAGGAACCGGGCGAGCAUUUCAUACACGUAAAGAAGUCUGGAAAAGAUCUGCCAGAAAGUCCAUUUUCCGUGAUGGUUGAGCCUGAACAGCCUGAGUAUGCGGCUGGUGCACCAUGUGAUGUGCCACUUGAUGUAGGUGAUCUCAAACCUGAUGAUCUACCGAAACUCACAGCCACGCUUAAAAGGCCUGGAUCGAAUACCGAAGAACCUGUAAAGCCUAAAAUAUUGUCGGAUGGUAACCUUAGUGUAUCAUUUGUUCCCAAGUCUCCUGGUGAACAUUUAAUCACAGUCAAGAAACGUAACCGUCCCGUACCAGGUAGUCCGUUCUCCGUCAUGGUAACAGCACCUGAACCAGUCUGUGAAAUUGGUAAACCAUCUAAUGCUCCAUUAGAAAACAUCCCAUCCAAAGAUCUUCCAAAACUGGACGCUGGUCUAUUGCGACCUGGCUCCACAAAGGAGGAACCAGUUCCGGUUAAAAAGACCUCCGAUGAUAAUCUUUAUGUUCCAUUUAUUCCUCACGAAGCUGGACCUCAUAAAAUCAAUGUAAGAAAGGACGGUAAACCAGUCCCUGAUAGUCCAUUCAUGGUGGACGUCCCUCCAGUUAAGUCUGAAGAAAUUCCUGUUGAAGAGGUGUAUCCCCUAAAUACACCGUGUGAUCUAGGCAUGGACAUUCCUAGCGUUAAACAGCCUGAAGACUUUAAGAAACUAACUGGAACGCUACAAAGACCUGGUAGUAAGAAAGAGGAACCAGUUGAACUAGUCCUAAAUCCUGACAGCACCAUAGGUGUGACAUUUGUUCCUAAAUCACCUGGAGAACACUUGAUUCGCAUUAAGAAGUCUGGUAAAGAGAUUCCUGAAAGUCCUAUAUCUGUGAUGAUUGAACCUGUUGAACCUGAGAAAGCCGUUGGUGCUCCAUGUGAUGUACCCUUAGAUGUUGAUGGAUUAAAUCUUCCUGAAGAUUUACCAAAGUUGACUGCAACUCUAAAGAGACCUGGAUCCAAUGUUGAGGAGCCUGUCGAACCUAAAGCAACGUCAGAUGGCAACCUUAGUGUUUCAUUUGUUCCCAAGUCUCCUGGUGAACAUUUAAUCACGGUCAAGAAACGUAAUCGUCCCGUAACAGGUAGUCCAUUCUCCGUCAUGGUAACAGCGCCAGAGCCAGCAUGCGAAAUUGGAAAACCAUCUAAUGCUCCUCUAGAAAAUAUCCCAUCCAAAGAUCUUCCAAAACUGGACGCUGGUCUAUUGCGACCUGGCUCCACGAAGGAGGAACCAGUUCCGGUUAAAAAGACCUCCGAUGAUAAUCUUUAUGUUCCAUUUAUUCCUCACGAAGCUGGACCUCAUAAAAUCAAUGUAAGAAAGGAUGGUAAACCAGUCCCUGAUAGUCCAUUCAUGGUAGACGUCCCUCCAGUUAAGUCUGAAGAAAUUCCUGUUGAAGAGGUGUAUCCGUUGAACACACCAUGUGAUCUUGGCAUGGACAUUCCUAGCGUUAAAGAGCCUGAAGACUUUAAGAAACUAACUGGAACGUUACAAAGACCUGGUAGUAAGAAAGAGGAACCAGUUGAACUAGUCCUAAAUCCUGACAACACCAUAGGUGUGACAUUUGUUCCUAAAUCACCUGGAGAACACUUGAUUCGCAUUAAGAAGUCUGGUAAAGAGAUUCCUGAAAGUCCUAUAUCUGUGAUGAUUGAACCUGUUGAACCUGAGAAAGCAGUUGGUGCUCCGUGUGAUGUACCCUUAGAUGUUGAUGGAUUAAAUCUUCCUGAAGAUUUACCGAAGUUAACUGCAACUCUAAAGAGACCUGGAUCCAAUGUUGAGGAGCCUGUCGAGCCUAAAGCAACGUCAGAUGGCAACCUUAGUGUUUCAUUUGUUCCCAAGUCUCCUGGUGAACAUUUAAUCACGGUCAAGAAGCGUAACCGUCCCGUACCAGGUAGUCCGUUCUCCGUCAUGGUAACAGCACCUGAACCCCCUUGUGAAAUUGGCAAACCAUCUAAUGCUCCUCUAGAAAAUAUCCCAUCCAAAGAUCUUCCAAAACUGGACGCUGGUCUAUUGCGACCUGGCUCCACAAAGGAGGAACCAGUUCCGGUUAAAAAGACCUCCGAUGAUAAUCUUUAUGUUCCAUUUAUUCCUCACGAAGCUGGACCUCAUAAAAUCAAUGUAAGAAAGGAUGGUAAACCAGUCCCUGAUAGUCCAUUCAUGGUAGACGUCCCUCCAGUUAAGUCUGAAGAAAUUCCUGUUGAAGAGGUGUAUCCGUUGAACACACCAUGUGAUCUUGGCAUGGACAUUCCUAGCGUUAAAGAGCCUGAAGACUUUAAGAAACUAACUGGAACGCUACAAAGACCUGGUAGUAAGAGAGAGGAACCAGUUGAACUAGUCCUAAAUCCCGACAGCACCAUAGGUGUGACAUUUGUUCCUAAAUCACCUGGAGAACACUUGAUUCGCAUUAAGAAGUCUGGUAAAGAGAUUCCUGAAAGUCCUAUAUCUGUGAUGAUUGAACCUGUUGAACCUGAGAAAGCCGUUGGUGCUCCAUGUGAUGUACCCUUAGAUGUUGAUGGAUUAAAUCUUCCUGAAGAUUUACCAAAGUUGACUGCAACUCUAAAGAGACCUGGAUCCAAUGUUGAGGAGCCUGUCGAACCUAAAGCAACGUCAGAUGGCAACCUUAGUGUUUCAUUUGUUCCCAAGUCUCCUGGUGAACAUUUAAUCACGGUCAAGAAACGUAACCGUCCCGUAACAGGUAGUCCAUUCUCCGUCAUGGUAACAGCGCCAGAGCCAGCAUGCGAAAUUGGAAAACCAUCUAAUGCUCCUCUAGAAAAUAUCCCAUCCAAAGAUCUUCCAAAACUGGACGCUGGUCUAUUGCGACCUGGCUCCACGAAGGAGGAACCAGUUCCGGUUAAAAAGACCUCCGAUGAUAAUCUUUAUGUUCCAUUUAUUCCUCACGAAGCUGGACCUCAUAAAAUCAAUGUAAGAAAGGAUGGUAAACCAGUCCCUGAUAGUCCAUUCAUGGUGGACGUCCCUCCAGUUAAGUCUGAAGAAAUUCCUGUUGAAGAGGUGUAUCCGUUGAACACACCAUGUGAUCUUGGCAUGGACAUUCCUAGCGUUAAAGAGCCUGAAGACUUUAAGAAACUAACUGGAACGCUACAAAGACCUGGUAGUAAGAAAGAGGAACCAGUUGAACUAGUCCUAAAUCCUGACAACACCAUAGGUGUGACAUUUGUUCCUAAAUCACCUGGAGAACACUUGAUUCGCAUUAAGAAGUCUGGUAAAGAGAUUCCUGAAAGUCCUAUAUCUGUGAUGAUUGAACCUGUUGAACCUGAGAAAGCAGUUGGUGCUCCGUGUGAUGUACCCUUAGAUGUUGAUGGAUUAAAUCUUCCUGAAGAUUUACCGAAGUUAACUGCAACUCUAAAGAGACCUGGAUCCAAUGUUGAGGAGCCUGUCGAACCUAAAGCAACGUCAGAUGGCAACCUUAAUGUUUCAUUUGUUCCCAAGUCUCCUGGUGAACAUUUAAUCACAGUCAAGAAACGUAACCGUCCCGUACCAGGUAGUCCAUUCUCCGUCAUGGUAACAGCACCUCAACCCCCUUGUGAAAUUGGCAAACCAUCUAAUGCUCCUCUAGAAAAUAUCCCAUCCAAAGAUCUUCCAAAACUGGACGCUGGUCUAUUGCGACCUGGCUCCACAAAGGAGGAACCAGUUCCGGUUAAAAAGACCUCCGAUGAUAAUCUUUAUGUUCCAUUUAUUCCUCACGAAGCUGGACCUCAUAAAAUCAAUGUAAGAAAGGGCGGAAGGCCUGUUCCAGAUAGUCCAUACAUUGUGGAUGUACCUGAAAAGGUUUCGAAAAAGCCUCCAGUCGAAGAACUUCAUCCUGUCGGUAAAGCAUGUGAUUUUGGUCUCGAUAUACCUGGAGUAAAUAUUCCUGGUGAUUUCAAGAAACUAAGUGCGACAUUGCAGCGUCCAAGCAGCAAGAAAGAAGAACCAUUAAAUCUGGAGCUUAAUCCCGAUAACACCUUGGGGAUAUCAUUCGUUCCAACGGAGCCUGGAAAGCAUCUUGUUCACGUGAAAAAAUCGGGAGAGGAAGUUCCCGGCAGUCCUUUCGAAGUAAUGGUAGAAGCUGCUGAAGCAGUGAACGCUGUCGGUAGACCGUGUGACUGCCAUUUGGAUAUACCUGGUUUGAAUUUGCCCGCAGAUCUUAGUAAACUAAAAUCAACCUUGAAACGGCCUGACUCUGAUACAGAAGAGCCAAUCAAAUUAAAGGUACUCUCCGACAACACUCUUAGUGCGUCGUUUGUGCCCAGAUCCCCAGGAGAGCAUUUGAUAAGCGUGAAGAAGUUCAACCGACACUUAAGCGGAAGUCCAUUCAGUGUCAUGGUAAGUGCCCCGGAUGCUGCUAGCCAGUCUGUCGGUCGACCGUGUGGAGUUGGUCUAGAGAUACCUGGUUUAAAACUUCCUGAAGACUUCGACCUUCUGACAGGUGUUUUGAAACGCCCCGGAAGCACUGUGGAAGAGCCGUUGAAGCUCAUUCUCAACUCAGAUAACACGCUCAGUGUAUCGUUUAUACCAAAAGAAACGGGGGAGCAUUUUGUAAGCGUGUUUAAGAACAAACGUCACGUGAGUGGGAGCCCGUUUUCAGUGAUGGUAAGCGGUCCCGGGCCCGCCAAUGCAUCUAAAGUAAAGGCCUACGGUCCAGGUUUGAAAUCCGGAGUGGUUGACGAGAAAUCGGAAUUCACCGUGAAUACUCGUGAUGCCGGAUACGGAGGAUUGGGCUUGUCCAUCGAAGGACCUUCAAAGGCAAAUAUCAAUUGCGUGGAUAAUGGGGAUGGCACGUGUGCUGUGGACUUUGUUCCUACAGAGCCUGGUGAUUACACCAUUCACGUACGUUUUGCCGAUGAAGAAAUUCCCGGAAGCCCAUUUUCGUGCAAGGUAGCUCCAAAGGGCAGCAAGCGUCCUGUUGUUGACGAAGGGAUUACGAGGGAGAUGGUUGAUGGUGUGGAGAGUGCACCUGCGCAGAGAACCUCUCAGCUUCUGGAUGAUCUAAUUUCCUUUAGUCCUCAAGAACCGCACGACUUUGAUCUGGACCUUGCGGGUUACGAUCUGAAAAACUUGAAAGCAACUGUGGAAACACCAAGUGGGAAAACUGAACCGGCCGAAAUUGUCGAAACUGAAAACGAUACUUACACCAUUCGCUUUGUAACAAAAGAAGGUGGAAUAUACAAGAUCUAUGUGAAGAAUCGCGGUCGAGAUAUACCUGGAAGUCCUUUCCGAGUAAAGGUGGAAGCACCGAAAUGGGGUGGCGCAAGUAAGUGCUCAGCUGCGGGGCCUGGUCUUGAACGUGGCGUUGUGAACCAACCGGCAAACUUCACCGUCUGGACACGUGACGCUGGCCCAGGAGGCCUGGCGGUUGCAAUCGAAGGUCCAGCCAAAACGGAAAUUAAUUGUAAAGAUAAUGGAGACGGCUCGUGCAGCAUCACUUACGUUCCAACUGAACCUGGCGAGUAUGCCGUGCAUGUCCGAUUUGCUGACGAAAAUAUCCCGGGUGCACCGUUCAAUGUCUUUGUAACAGCGGAAGAAGACGAGCGUUUCCGAGAUUUGAGUGUUUCCGACAUGUUGGAGAGUGGAAUUAUAGUUGGUCAACCUGCUUCUUUCUCUGUUCAAACAAACGGCCCAGUUGGUAAAGUCACCGCUUCUGUUAUUGCACCUUCCGGUACCGAGUCCCCAGCGACCGUUUCAGAUCGUGGUAAUGGUAGCUACGCGAUAAGAUUUGUCCCCAAGGAGGUCGGCAUUCAUUUUAUCAAUGUUCGAUUCGAUGGUGUGCAUAUUCCCGGUUCUCCGUUCAAGGUUAAAGUUGGUGGAGGUGAAAGUUACCCCAGUAAGGUAAAGGCAUACGGUCCCGGAUUGGAAGGUGGUGUUGCCGGCGAAGAAACCUACUUCACUGUUGAUGCUUUACGAGCUGGCACCGGAGCAUUGUCGCUGUCGGUUGAUGGACCUGCAAAGGUACGAAUGAAUUGUACGGAAAACCCCGAUGGAACGUACAAAGUAACGUAUCAUCCAGUUAUUGCCGGCGAGUAUAAAAUUGUCAUCAAGUUCGCCGAUCAAAACAUCCCGAAGAGUCCUUACAAUGUUACAAUAUCAAGCGACGGUUCCUCUGCAUUUGCCGAAAAGUGUAAGCCGGUCGGAUCCGGAUUGCAUCGUGCCGUUAUCGGUGAGCCAAAUGCGUUCACAGUCAACUGUAGUGAUGCAGGUCGAGGGUCUUUGAUGGUCGGCGUAGAGGGACCAGCUAUUCCUGCUAAAGAAAUCAAGAUUAAGCACACUGGUGGAAAAGUUUAUGCCGUUAACUAUACCUUAGAGGAACCCGGAGAAUAUGUUUUGAAAGUGUUGUGGGGUGAAAAGCACAUCCCUGGCUCGCCAUUCCAUGUAACUGUAUAAUGACGCGGUUGAGUAAUUGUGUUUGGAUCAUGUCUUACAUGAAGUGAAUAUGUAGUUUUUCAUAUAAUUUUGCCAAAUGUCAAAUUUUGCAAUGUCGACUGAAUUAUUUCUAAUUCUACUCAAUCAUAAAUACCAUUUCAAUACUAAAUGAAUUUUGGAGUGACGAUUGGAGUGUAGGUACUAUUAUAGUUUUGUAUUUUCUCUCUUGGCUAAGAGUUUUGGCUUUUUGAUAUAGGAUGAUUUUUUGUAAUAAUUAAUAGGUGCGCAGGUCUUUAAUAGAUUAGCUAGUCCUUUGUUUUCUAUAAAAUUUGUAUUGAAAGUGUUUUUUGAAUAGCGAAAAUAUUAAAAGUAAAGUUUGUUUAA